UCAGCCAAAUUCUUUAUAUGAAGAUCAUUUUCCUGGACAGUAAAUCAUUAUUGUGCUUGUUCAGCUAUCAAGUAAGGCGCUCCACGAAAUCUAGUACCUUGUACCUCUUCAAUUGUCCUUCGGUCAAUUAUUAACCAGAAAUUUCAACACCGCGAAAGGCUAAAAAAAAGAGGACAUUUUGAGUUCUUUGCCUGCUAUCGAGUAAGUGAAUCUAGGAAUUAAAACAAUCAUGGAAAGUGCGAAAGCCAUAAUUGUAGGCAACAAAGUGUAUCGACCUUUUCUCGACAACACUUUGGCAGCUGAUGACCUGAGAGUAGCGAAAGAGGAACUGAAUGAAACCCCAGAAAGAAGAGAAACUUGUUUGAGGUUGUUAAGAGAAAUGCUCAGAGAACAAGACGAAUUUACAUCCCGCACAGACGAUGAGUUUCUGCUACGCUUCCUCAGAUGUAGAAAAUUCGACUGUAAUAAAGCCUUUAAAAUGGUCCGGGACCACUACAAAUUUCGAAAAAUGAAUCCGGGAGUGUUUCUCUCUCCAACUGCAAUAGAGGAAGCUUUGAGAAGAUGCAUAUUUAACUUUUUACCUCAUCGAGAUCAUAAAGGAAGAGUUAUUUUCGUGAUUAGAUUUGAUCGAUGGGAUGCUGACAAAAUCCCAUACACCGAUUUCGUAGCUGCAGGGAAUUUGGUAGCAGAGUAUGCUUCGAUCAACAAUGGUGUGACUCAAAUUAAUGGAUACGUAGGCAUAUGGGACUAUGCAGGAUUUAAUUUCAAGCAUUUUAGACUCAUCUGCUCUCCACAAAAUGGUCUGAUGUUGGCGAAUCUUAUGCAGGAUCGAUUUCCUGGAAGAUUCAAAUUAGCGUACUGCAUAAACUGCCAUCCUUUGGUGAAAACAGCUUGGAAUUUGCUCAGGCCGUUUAUGAAAGAAAAGUUCAGGCAUAGGGUUCAAAUAAUUUCCAGUCUGGAGGAAUUGCAUAAAUACGUGGAUCGAAGCAUUCUUCCCAAAGAGUAUGGUGGAACUCUGGCAACUCCUUACACAAAAGAAAUCGCCAAACGUGUUCUAGAUAAGGAGCAGUAUUUUAAAGUGAAUGGCAAGUUUGGAUUUUGAAUGCAAAAAAAGGCACAUUUUCAUUGGUUCUGUUAAUCACUUGUACAUAAUUAUUUUAAACGAGUUAACGUGUAUAUAGUUCCUGUAUUGCAUUAUUCAUACUAUUAAAAUAUAUCCAUAUUUAA